UCUUGGUGAUUUUAUCACAUAUUACGACACAAGCUAACGAAUAUGUUAUAGGUGAAUUAUAUCGAUCUUACGCGUUAAUAAAUCUCAAGAUAGAUGUAUUAAGAUCGAACGUAUUCUUGAAUUUAAUUCAUUGCCUUCUAUGCUCAAAUCCUAACAAAGAAGAAUUGCUUCUCAUAAAGGAUACCUGUGGAUGA